UGCCAUCUAUCCGCACUCUAUACUUCGCCCUUCGUAUACCGGUAUGGCUUGGUGAAUUGGUUCCGUUCUUCGACUACGGGCGUAAUACUACCGUUCCUAUCACUUCACGAAUCCAUUGCACUUUACCCAUCCACACCUCACCUUCCGGGAUCAGAGAAUGCGACCACGAUGGCAAUGAGAUUCCCAGUAUCUUUGCUACGUUUAGUGCCAUGGCUUGGAUAUCACCAUAUGUUGAUGUUCAUACUUUCGGUGUCAAUAAUACUCCUCUCGAUAUUGCUCGCGGGUUGCUCGUCAUAUUCGACAAUGAUCGGAAUAUAUGUUCUUGGAAUCAGAUACGCCAAAGUGUCUUCUGCCUCUUCCGACAGCCAAGCAAAUCCAAGUCUGGUUUCCACUAUAUAUUCCGUCCAAGGAAACGCCACUCUUGAUGUACGAGUAGGCUACUUUGGGAUAUGCGUUCGGCAAUCUGGCGUAGCCUGGGUCUGCAGCUCCUCGGGCCCAGCAUUGGUAGAGCAAGUGGGCGCCGAUCGAGACCCAUUAAAUCUGAUCUGGCUCGCAGAUCGGUUCAAAAGCGAUACAUUGUUCUCAGGAUUCAUAUUCCUGACGAUAGCUCUGGCCUUCAUAACGGUCGGACUAUUAUAUACUUUCCCUGGUUGGCACUCUGAAAUAGAUCAAGUGACAGGGUCAGCGAUCGAUGUUAAACCAUUUCCAUCGAGACCAGUUUCUCACGCAGCUGUGGUUCUCAGUUGUAUUGCGACCCUGAUGUCGCUCGUGUCGAGCCUCUGGCAACACACUGCAGCUGUUGCGGCGAAAUAUACGAUACAAGCGGUAGGAUUCGGCACUGCAACUACUGGUGGUGCCGCUAUGGCCAUAGGGUGGGCAAGUGUUGUCCUAUUGUGCAUAGUCGCGAUUGGUUUGAUAGGCAUGGUGAUAUCAAUUAUUGUACUGGAUACUCUAACGGCCUCCGAAUAACCGCUAAUAAGAGCUCUAGAUAGAUGGCUACUCUCACGGUUGGAACCAUUGUUACUUAUACUGGUCUGAUGGCCUCACGAUGGUUGUGGUUAUUAGGAGCAUCAUGUGUUCUGAUAACACAUCCCUUGGGUGCGAAGCCCACUACCUGUACUUAGUCUUCUGCCGUGUCCCUGAUUAUGUUCCUUUCCUUCUUUCCUCAUCUUUCGUUUAUUCGGAUACUAGCAGUCUGUGCGUAGUGAACAAUACCACUGGUCCCUUCGG